AGUCCACGUGGCCAGCAAGUCCAGCAUGUCGUCCGCGCCCGCCAAGCUUCGCCUCCGCAACGAGAAGCACUCGAGCAACAUCACCAAGCGCGGCAACGUGCCCACGUCGACGCGGGUCGUGCGCGAAGAAGGCUACAAGGUCGGGCCCGUUGUGCUCGGCGUGCUCUUCUUCCUUGUUGUCGGCUCGGCCAUCCUCGAGGUCCUCCGCGCCGCGCAGUUUGGCGGCUUGUAAGCGCGCUCCAAGCCGCGCAUCUAGUUAGGAGCUAGCGUCGUCGUCGACGAACGUGCGAGCGCUAAUGCAGCAAGUUGUAUCUAUCGAAGUGGGCCGCAUCUUUGCAACCACGCCACGUAAUCGCAAACCAAC